AUGCUAAUCACCGAUUCUGACCAGCCCGUGACUAUCUUGAAUCGGUCAGAUCUCGAGGGCACCAUGUCCACCAGUGCUUUGCGACAACCGCACAAACUAUUACUCGAGGACACCUUCGAUAUUGCUCCAACUGGACUGAAGUUCUGUUUCGACAGGGAAUGCUUCCUCAACGACAAUUUCCUGUCGGAUGAGUUCAUUCUCAGCCAGGAUGCACGUGGCACAUCACUGGAACAAAUGCGUGACAGCCUGUUACAAUAUUCAAACAUUCUCAAAUCCAGCCUGGUGGAAUUGAUCAAUCAGGACUAUGCGGAUUUUGUGAACCUAUCCACAAAUUUGGUCGGUUUAGACAAGGCCAUUGAUGUGAUUGCGACCCCGUUAAACGACCUGGAAUCCUCGGUACAGGAAGUUUUAAAUCAGUUGUCAUCCAUUGAAGAACAAUUAUCUAGUCAAUUAAAAGAGCGUCAACGAAUCCGAGAGAAAAAAGAAUUGUUAAACAGUUUGCAAAUCAUAGACGGCUGUGUUUCCCGUCUAGAGCGUUGGCUAACGAAUACCGGUGUCGAGCCCGCAUUGACGGAACAUCGUUCAACCGAUGAAAUCCCCGUGGUGAGUGCACGAACAAAACAAACGACUAGUGGAACUGGUGAUACAGAGGACGGGGUGAAUGAUGCCCACGAGACGUUGUUGAUCGGAACCGAUCUGGAUGCAGUCGAAGGUGUCAGUGACUGGCCUGCCGAGUUCUAUGCGAACUGCUCGUACGUUUGUCUUGGAUUUAAUGCUAAUAACUUGUGA